CCAUUAUCCUGGGAAUUCAGUUGAGUUGACGCUGUCUCCUCCGUCGCCACCCUCUUCUUUCAACAAUCUCAAAAUCCCUUAUCAACCAUGAUGCAGAUCAGCUCCACCAUACCCGCACACAACCUUCACAUGUUCCAGACAAGACGUGCCAGUUUCCGCUGCCGUGCCUCUCCCCUCAACCCUUCUUCCACCACCCCACUUCCAACCACCUCUUCUUCUCCUCAGCACGUCAAACCGCUCACCUCCACCGACUCCACGCGCUUGCACCUAUCAAACCUCGACAAGUUCCUUCACAAGCAAUCGCCAGCUCAACUCAACAACCCACCACCGCACCAACAAGAACAAGUCGCAAUUGAAAGCACCGAUGACAAGACAGCGACGACAGUGGAGAAGAAAGGAAAGAACAUUCUGGAAAGCCUCAACCUGGCCCGUCUCUGGCCGGACAUGAAAGCCACCGAGGAAAUGUCGCCGCGCCACCUCAACCGCCUCCAGCGGCUGCUCUCCAAGACAGCGGAGUACUCCCCGCGAAACGUCCUCGGCAGCCGGUGGAGAGAGUACCACGGCAGCCACGACUGGAAAGGCAUGCUAGACCCUCUGGAUGAGAAUCUCAGGCGAGAAGUGGUGCGCUACGGAGAGUUCGUGCAAGCGGCGUACCACUCUUUCCACUCCAACCCUGCCAUGUCAGCGGAGGAGCCACCCCUCCCGCGCCAAAUGAUCCUACCCGACAGAUCCUACAGGGUAACCAAAUCCCUAUACGCCACGUCAUCAAUCGGGUUACCGAAAUGGGUGGACGAGGUGGCCCCGGAUCUCGGAUGGAUGACCCAGCGGUCCAGCUGGGUCGGGUUCGUGGCGGUUUGCGAUGACAGGAGAGAGAUUGCGCGUUUAGGUAGGCGGGAUAUCGUGAUCUCCCUGCGCGGAACCGCCACGUGUCUGGAGUGGGCCGAGAACAUGCGGGCCCAGAUGAUAAACAUUUCCGAAGAGGAGACCGAUGGGGAGGCGGAGGAGAAGGCAAAGGCAAAGGUGGAGUGCGGGUUUUUGAGCCUUUAUAAAACGAGAGGCAGCCAGGUGGGUAGCUUGGCGGAAUCGGUGAUCGAAGAGGUGAAGAGAUUAAUGGAAGUUUACAAAGGGGAAACACUGAGCAUUACAAUCACGGGACAUAGUUUAGGUGCCGCACUGGCUCUGUUAGUGGCGGAUGACGUGAGCGCGUGCGCCGGUGACGUGGCACCCGUGGCUGUUUUUUCGUUUGGUGGGCCGAGGGUGGGUAACAGGGCUUUUGGAGAGAAACUGACAGGGCAAAACGUGAAAGUGCUGAGAAUUGUGAAUUCGCAAGAUGUGAUAACGAGGGUUCCUGGGAUGUUGGUGAGUGAGGAGAUGGAGAAGAAACUGAGACGGUCGAAGGUGGGUGGGGUACUGAAUAUGGUGGUGGAUGAGUACUCGCACAUGGGGACAGAGCUGCGCGUGGAGACGAAAAUGUCGCCGUAUUUGAAGCCGGAUGCUGACAUGGCAUGCUGUCAUGACUUAGAGGCUUACCUGCACCUCGUUGAUGGGUUUUUGGCUUCGAAUUGUCCUUUUAGAGCGAAUGCGAAGCGAAGCUUGACUAAGUUAAUGCAGUAUCAGGGUGGCAAUGUAAAAAAACUUUAUACCAGCAAGGCUAAGGCCUUGAGUCUUAACCUUGAAAGACAGGGUUCAUUCUCUAUCUCUGGUUGUUUGCCCAGUCCCUCUUGAAUUCAAUUCAAUUAUAAAUGUGAAUACAACAAUUAUACCAUCCUUAUUCUCUUCUUCUUUAUACCAAACUUCAUAAAACAUUAUAUUCUUCGAACUCCCCUCUUCCGACAACCAUGUCAACUACACUCAAAUGUGAACUAGACUUGUACAAGUUCAAACUAUUGGCCGGUGCUACAAACCUUACAUAUUCUACGAAUUUCGUUGACGCGCCGGAUUCAUCCUCACUACAGAUACUUCUCCAAUAAAUCCUAUAUUUAUUCCUGCUUCUAAGUUAC